UAUUAUUUGUUGUUUAUAAUUUUAUGUACAAUAAUAAAUAUAAAGGAAAUAAAUUAUUAAAUUCAAUAAAUAAAAAAGUAUUAUGGAGGAAUAUAUUUUGAAUAAUCUUUGACUAUGAUUUUAAAUCAUUAGAAAAUCUCAUCCCCUUCAUCAUUUCAGCCCGGAGGACGUCCACUGCUGAAUAAUAAAAAUUAAUCUACGUAGGAAUUAUUAAGUACAAUCCUAGUAAGUUAACCAUGGACGUUAGUAAAUAUUUAAACGUAUGCGCUACGUGCUUAAGCUCUGAUCGAAGGUUGAUAGCAGUCAAGGAUGUGAGAAAUUUUAUGAAGUUCUCCAAAAUUAAGAGAUCAGAUGUGAGUGUCUUCCACAUAUGCUGGGAAUGUGAUGCUAUAGUGAAGAAAAUUGUUGUGUUCAGGGAGAAAGCUAUAAAGGCUCAAAACAUUAUCAAUCACAUAGUAAAAGCAAAUAUGUCACAAACGUCCAUCGAAACUUUGUCCAGUUUGAUUCAAAGUGAAGUCAAGAUGUGCCAAGUUGCCACAGUGGACAUCCAGAAUGAUGCUAAGCCUCACUCUGAUCGUAGUCUUGUAGAACAGCAACCAUUUGUAAUUCGGAAAGAUAUAGAUGCAAAGAAAUUUAUAAGCAAGGUUAAUAAAGAUAGGCAAACAAAAGAUAUCACAAAAUAUAGUAUAGAACAUGUUGAUUGUGAUAAUCUUGAGGGUGAUGAUGAAGAGAUGGAGAAAGAAGUUGAUAAAAAUGAGGAAGCCGAACAAGAAUCUGCACCACCAUCAGAAUAUGAUGUAGAAACAAUCAACAAAAGUCAGAACAUAUUUACGGUCCGAGUUAUUAGUGAAAAGGAGAUGAUGAAAUUCAGAGAAGACAGAAGAAACGACAAGAGUUUCCAGAAAUGUCGCAACAAGUGCGAAACUUGUGUUGUGUACUUUAAAGGGAAAAGAAUAUUGGAGGAGCAUCAAAAGAAACAUGAUAAGGAAAAUAAAUUUGUCUGCACGAUAUGUGAUCAGCGGUUUCCUACCGAGGCAGCAUUGGAGUAUCACACACAGACGCAUUAUAGAAGUUACGUAUGUCAAACAUGCUACGAGGAGUUCCGUGACGAGUAUUCUGUGGAUAUUCAUUAUCAAGAUGAACACGACGAGACCAGACACCAGUGCGGGGACUGCGACGCAACAUUACCUAAUAAACGAUCGUAUUUAAAGCACCGACGAUCAGUACACGGCAAAAUGGUGGCCUGCCCUUAUUGUAACAAGAUGGCGAGUAACAGCAGUAGUUUAAAGAAACAUAUAUUGAUACACACGCAGGCGCAAAACCUGGAAUGCGACAUUUGCUCAAAAAAAUUCCGCACCGACAUUCUGCUGCAGACCCAUAAGUCCACCCACGUGUACAAGAAGGAUGAAAACGCAUACUGUACAGAGUGUGAUAUACAGUUCAAAACUGUCAACAUCUACAGAGUACAUCUCAGGACGUCCCUGAAACACGUAUCCAAGCAAGAUUUUAGGUUCCCGUGUUCACAAUGCAACAGUCGAUUCCCAACCUCAUCGUACCUGAGAGCACAUAUGCGACACUCACAUAACCUGGGGAAGAAGUAUCCUUGUACUAUGUGUGACAGGGUAUUCAAAAGAAACAGAUUACUUCAAAUUCACAUAAGUAUAAAACAUGAAGGCAAACCAAGAAAGAAGGUCGGUUGUCAUACCUGCAACAAGGAGUUUACGAGUAAGACAGCAUUACGGGAUCACAUGAACAUACAUACAGGUAAUCGGCCGUACGUUUGCAAAUUAUGCGAAGCCACUUUCAGUUUUAAGGCAUCCCUAUACACGCAUAACAAAUUGGUACACUUGAAGAAUAAAGUGCAACGAAAUGACGCUACCACAUUCCACAAAGCGAAAACUACAGAAAAUCUCAGUAUACCAGCACAUAGAGAAAUUCUUACAAAGGACCAUGGAGAAAACCCUACUGGAAUUGAGGAACAUAAACAAUCACCUACUAAUGAAAAAAUAAAUGUAUAUUUUAAUGAUACAGAGAUGGAUAGAGAAACUUUUAAUAAUGCAGACAGGCAUAGACAAACUCGCAAUAAUAAAGAAAAGCAUAGUGAUUCAGGUCACGAUAUAGAGAAGUAUGCAAAAUCUCCGAAGAACGAAAGUCAUCGUGUAGAAUACACGAAAGAACAAGACUGGAUUGAGGUAUUCUUUAAUAAGUAGUGCAAUAAUUAUUAGUAAAAAUAAAAAUUGU